AUGUCACUCGUUCCUUUGUUUAUUUUCCCUCCAACGGCGCCAACACGUCAUCAACUCAUUUGGGGAAUUGGGAUCCCGUCACAAGUUGGAUACGAAUCUGUCGUAUGGGGCAUCGUCUUAAAAGCGCAAUAUUAUUUGGCAAAUACGAACAACGGAGCAGUUCAAAUUGACAACUUGAAACCCGCAUAUUGGCCUGGAUUGGGAUUCUUUGGAAAUCGAAAGAAACGAAAUGUCGAAAGAUAUAACGAGACAGCAGAAGUUAUUGAAGAAGGACCCAUCUCUGAAGAAGAAAAUGAGGAAAAAUUCGAAAUUCCUCAAAAUGAAGCCAUUCAAGGCGAAGAAAAAGCUUCGAGCAUGACACGAUGGAUUUUUUACGAAAUGUUGGAAAAAAUGAGCAAAGAAAAAAAUCUCGGCGGUAAAGAGUGCAUUUUACGAGCAAUUUGUGAAGCAGCGCAUGUCUCAUUCAAUUACAAGUCGGGCAUUCUCGGGGAAAUCCUUCACAUCCUCUUCACUCCAUCAUCAUCUCCUGACACGCUGUCCAAACACAGUGACAACGAAUACUUGUAUGCCGAACAAAUGGGACAACAACAUGCACGAUGUGAUUUACUGUUUAGAGAAUGCAAUGAAUCUUUGCUGGAAAUAUUUUCUACUAUCUAUGAUCCAUUAUUUUACAAGUAA